AUAUUUUGUUUACAGUCGAGCGGUCUUUAUGAACUGAAUGAAGAAAAUUAUUAGCUUCGUUGCCGUAGUACCACACCUGCCAGGAAAGAAUUUUUGUUCCUAGGAAACCAAGCUUUUUCAUUUUCCGUGUUCAAGCGAUUGUACUGUGACGCUAGUCGAAUACAAGAACGGGAAAAUUUGAACGUCCUCCUUAUUUUAUGGUGACGCAUAUGUUUCCAUCUCCGUCAGAACUUCUGUUCAAGUCAGGCUCAAUUACAAAAAUUAUCAAGCAUAUAGACCAUGCAACGAACUUGGGGAAGUGUUUAUUCUGCACUCCUCUCUAUAUGACGAUCAUAUUGUAAUUGUUUCGAGAGACAAACACGGCGACAGGAAAUUUGAGAGGCUCAAUUAUAUUUAUAUGAGUGAUGUCACCGAGUUCAAUGUAACACUUCACGGUCUGGACUGCAUAUUGGUAUAAGGGUAACCUUUUUACAUUUUAAAAGUUAUUUUCAGGAGAAAGAAGCUAUUAAUUGACUGGAGAAGUCAAGUCGAGUAUGCCGAAGCCACAAACAGUGAUGUGCUACAUUUGUGGGAAGGAAUUCAGUUCACACUCCAUUAAUGUCCACGAACGACAGUGUGCUAAAAGAUGGGAAAUGACUAAACAGAAAGAAAAAGAGGAAGCCAAGCAACAGCAGAUGAGAAAAUCUUCACACGAGUCUCGUAGGCGACGAGUCUUACCUAACGUGCCGACUAUGGACAGACAACAAAGUUUGAGUUUAGACGACAUAAGAGGUUCCUCAACAAGGAGAGCAUCGCAAACCCGACACAGUACUGUUACAAUUAGGGAACAGGGGCAAAAAUUACUUCAAGAGCGCUCAAAAUCAUUAGCCACUACAACACCACUGUUAAAGCCCGAAUCUUCUCCGAGAGAUUCUUCAGAUUCCUCUUCUGAGCAGGAUCCUCUUGGGAAAUUAGACGUUCAGUCACACUCUUCCACAGAACAGAAUUCAUCAGACGACGACGACAUUGACAAGAGUAGUAAGGCGAUAGGCACUGUGUCUGAACUCAAUGGGCAAAAGAAAGACUUUUCACAUUCAAGACCAGGGACAGUUACUCUUAAUGGAAAGCAUCUGACAUCUAAUUUACCCAGGAGGGAAGGCUCACCAGAAUCAUUAUCAUCAGACUCACAGGAUGCUGACAGUGUGAAGGGCACACCUUUGUCAAAAGCAAGAUUCUUUUCCUCAAGUAACCCCAAUUUAAUGGUUUGUUACAUCUGUGGACGUGAAUAUGGAUCUAAGUCCUUGAAAAUUCACGAGCCUCAGUGUCUGAAGAAAUGGCGUUUAGCCAAUCCGAAGCGUUCUCGCAGCCCUUGUGGUCGUCAAAAUGGGCUCAGUAAGGCAAAUUCAGUUUCUUCUCUUACAAGUCAUGACAUUACUAUCCUUGAUGAUCAACAAGUUACUUCCUUAAUGUCAAUACCACAGCAGAAACUGGAGAAACAACGUUCUGCUUCUUGUGAGAAUCUCAUUGCCACUACCAGUAGGAGACCAUCCAGAGGCAACAUUCAAGUAUCAAAGAUGGUUCUUUGCUACAUUUGUGGUAAACAAUUUACUUCCCACUCCUUACCAAUCCAUGAAAAACAAUGUUUGAAGAAAUGGGAGGCACAGAAGAAGGUAGAAGCCACUGAAAAGUUGAAGAAAGAGUUACAGUCUAAGAAAAGGAACUCUAUUCACUUGCCUGUUACAAUAAAAAUUGAUCAUGCUGAAGAAAAUAACAAUAAAAAGACUCCAUUGCCCAAAAGGAGUGGAAGUUAUGGGGAUCUCUUAUCCCCAGAGCAUGCUACACUAGAUUCUGAUUCUGACACAGGUGAUCAGGCACAAGAUCAGGAAAGCUUUAAACCAAGUAAACCAGCUCUGGUUGUAUGUUAUCUUUGUGGCCGUGAAUAUGGUUCAGCUUCAAUUUCUAUCCAUGAGAAACAAUGUUUAAAAAAGUGGCAGAUAAGCGAAGCAAGAAAAACACACGAGAAGUCAAAGUCAGCUAAAGAGAAAAAAACAACAGGCAUAAAGCAAAAACCAAAAUCAUUUGUAUUUUAAAGUCAAGAUUAACAGUCAAAUUUUAAAUUAUACACAUAUAAAGAGAAGCCCAGUCACCUAGAGUGCAAACUGAUGGACAUGCUCAAUUCAGGGAUUAUUGACACCCUUUUAUUUUAAUCCUAUCACAAUCUAUGGGAAUAAUGUAGGACCCCAACAGCAUGCCUCUCAAACUAUGAAGUCACUUUGAAGUUAAAUGGGCCUUUAUGGCUGGGACAUGAAUCUUUCCAAUGUUGUUGGUUAGGGCCCAAUUGUUGAAAGAGCAGUGAAGCAAUCCAACAGUUAAAUUUUUAUCCAGUGGAUUGCCUUUGCCAUAACCAAAUUAAAUUUAGGUUUUUUUUAUUUUUCAAUCUGUUAUUUUCAAUGCUCUUUAUUUAAGCAUGACAAGGAGUUUUUUGGGUUUAUUGAAGCACACAGUAAAAAUUUGCUGAAAACAUAAAAUUUCCUCUAUCUGGCAUUUUGGCCCACAUCAUACAGGAUUUUGUUCUUGGUAAAUUGAUGUUAUUAUCAACUUCAUUUCACAUUAAAUCACAUUUUCAAGUUUAUUGUAAAGCUUUCCAAAAUAUUUGUUUCAGCUAGAUGAUGUGUAGGAAGCUGGUAGGAAGUAAACUAAAAUGCUUACUUUAAAGAAGCGUAAAAUUGCUAAAAUAAUGUAUAACAUGACACAAAGUUCAAUUUAACAAGAACAGAACUGUUGAACAGUUUUGUCUCUAUGAAUGUUUAUUUUGUAAGCCAAAGCAACUGAACUAGAUUUGAACAUAGGGAACUUGACUUUUUCUGCAUAAAAUGUCUGGGAUAAGGAUCACUUCAAAUUAUUACUAUUGCUUACAUUAUCUUUAAAAUCUGAAUACUUUUUUUCUUUUUACAGUUUCCUAAUUAAAGUUUACUACUUCACCUGAAGACAUUUCAACAAAGUGUUGUAACAUGCAUAAGAUCAAAAAUGUUAUUUCAAUUGUUGAUGUCAUGUUGUUGUAACAGGCAUCAUUUCAUUCCAAAACAAAGCUAUUUUUAGUCCAUUGAAGAUGUACCACUUUGUCUAAUUUGUGUGUAAUAAUAAAUAUUUAUUCUGAAAGAAUCCAUUAAACUUAUGAAAUAUA